AUGCACAAGGUCUACUGCGACCCGUGGACCAUUGGCUACGACGAGCGUUUCGGCAGCAACGUCCGCCUGCAGCAAGGCCUCAUGUACUUCAGACCAGACAUCGACGAUUGCCAGUAUCAGUAUCCCUUGGACUUUUGCCCCAUAUACGACGCUGAUCAGCAGAAGAUUGUGCACAUUGAUAUCCCCAAGGUGCGAAGGCCCCUCCGGAGAGAGAAGCAGAUCAAUUACCAUACAGCGGCGGUUGAAGCCGCAGGCGGCUACCGCAGCGACGUGAAGCCGCUGGAAAUCACCCAGUCGCAGGGGCCGUCGUUCUCCUUGAACGGCAGGCAGAUGAAGUGGCAAAGCUGGAACUUUCACAUCGGCUUCAACUACAGGGAGGGAAUUGUUCUCAGCAACAUCAAGUACGACGACAAAGGGACGCUACGGGACCUCUUCUACAGGUUGUCGCUGGCGGAGAUGGUGGUUCCUUAUGGCAACCCCGAGCAUCCUCACCAGCGAAAGCACGCCUUCGACAUUGGCGAGUACGGUGCCGGCUACAUGACCAACAGCCUCAAGCUCGGCUGCGACUGCAAGGGCUUCAUCAAAUAUCUAGACGCCGAUUUCCCCGCCCGUGACGGCACCAUCAGACACAUCAAGAACGCCAUUUGUAUUCAUGAGGAAGACGACGGCAUUUUGUUCAAGCACACUGACUUCAGGGACGACUCUGUCAUUGUCACGAGAGCGCGGAAGCUCAUCAUCCAGCAGAUUUUUACGGCUGCCAAUUACGAAUAUGCCAUUCAGGUGAGUGCCAGAAUCGCCGCAUUUCUUCACGUGAGGUGCAGCCCCAGAAUAGGUGUUCGUAGAAUAUUCGUUGACCUGAAUCAGCAAGACGGAACGAUCCAGCUCGAGAUCAAGCUGACUGGUAUCCUGAAUACUUAUUCCAUCAAAGAGGGUGAGGAUACGAAUGGAUGGGGCACUGAGGUCUAUCCCGGUAAGCAGACUGUCCACGCCGACAAUUCUUUCACUGACGUGCCGAUUGACUCAAACAUUGACGGGCCCAGGAAUACAGCCUUCAUGGUUGACGCAGUAGCGUCUGAUGCACCGGUGGGAUCCGCCGCCAACAAGCACGGCAACGCCUUUUACGCCAAGCGGACAAAGUUUGAAACCACCGGCCAGUCUGUGACCGACUACAACGGCGCGACGGUGCGAACGUGGGACCUUUGUAAUACGAACAAACUGCAUCCAUACAGCAAGAAGCCCGUGAGCUAUAAGCUCGUGAGCCGUGAGGUGCCGGCUCUCUUGCCUAAAGAAGAAUCCCUAGUCUGGAAGAGGGCAGGAUUUGCCCGACACGCUGUGCACGUCACCAGGUAUCGAGAUGAUCAACUCUAUCCAGCGGGUCGGCAUGUGCCACAGACAUCUGGUGAGUCCGACGUAGGGCUGCCGGAGUGGAUUGGAGACGGGAACGAGGGCAUCGAUAAUGAGGACAUUGUCCUCUGGCACACAUUUGGCCUCGUGCAUUUUCCGGCUCCAGAGGAUUUUCCCAUCAUGCCGUGUGAGCCGAUCAGCGUGUUGCUGCGGCCACGGAACUUUUUCUCCAAUAACCCUGUCAUGGAUGUGCCGCCUCAGCGGUGCAUAACUGCGAGUCAGAUGGCGUCAAAGGGAUCAGCUCACUUGUGA